UGAAAGUGUUAUUCCCGCGCUGCGAUAUGGAGUACAUUUCGAAUCUGCUGCCGCUCUUGCGCUCUCCGUCGUCCCGGAACGCCUCCCCUGCGGACGCCCGUCAACAAAAACAGUGCAGAAAGUCGAGGGUGAGCCAAGGGGUGCGUUGCAGGCUCGCGAAAAUGAAAUGUGUGCUCAUUUUCGACCAGCUGAACGAUCUGAUCUUCUCCAAAUGCGACAAGCGGUUCGCACACCAUGUCAAGAAGCUAGCACGCAUUCAGGGCCUCAUUUCCGAGGCCGAGAGCCAGGAUGAUGACGAAAAAUUCCUAGGCUUGAGCUCAAAUGUGGUGAUGCAGCUUUUUUCUCCAAUAGUAACGUCCCAGAGGAUCAUGAGCUGUCAGUUCGGCAAUUCUUAUUCUUCCGUUCAGUGCCAGGACGGGACUUCUAUGGUUUUUGAUGAGUACCUCGGCUUCUUGUUCGCGAUGAUCAGCACUGAAGAAGUUGAAAUAAUGCGGAGGAACCUUUCAACCUGCAUAGUGUUGGUCCAGCACAUUUGCGGCCCAGACGUCUCAAUGCUAAAAAGAAUACCUCCAAGAGCAAAACUGCUGACCAAAUUGAUCGACACUUGGGUGCUGCUUCGCGAUUCGGAGCAGGCCUUUUUGGUUGAGGCUGUCGAGCAGUUGAGUGUCAAUCCUGAAAUCACAAUGGCCACUCUGAAAGCGCUGCAGGACGCCUGUGACAGACUCAAGGCAGCCACAGACUUCAAUCGGAUUCACGCCCUUGUGUUUGUGGAGAACAAGUUUCUUUCUCUCUAUUCCAGCCGAGGAGCCCAAGACCUGACUCCUGCUGACAUUUUAUUCCUCACUCUGCUGACUGAAGUGUACCAGCCAGUCCUGGAUAAAUCAAAGGCAGCUGAGUUGAAGAAGCUUGUCACAUUGUCGAGCAUGACCAACGAAGAGGAGGACGAGUUUUUCAGUCCUUCGAACAGCCCAACUGGCACCCGCAGAAACUCGGCAAAGCCCCUGCUUACAGAGCAGUCUGAAAGCAAAGUGGGCACAGAUAUGCCUCUCUCCGGCAGCAAUUUGGCACUUCUUAUGGGAUCUCCACCUGGCUUCCAUCCACAUGUCGUCCACAUUGCUCCAAUUUCUGAAAAAGUCGCUUUAGUGCUUGUUCUAGAGACUGGAAGCAGCAACAUAUCAGCGGGUCUGUGGGAGGCCUGCCAUGCUUUGAAUUCCCUUCAGUCUCUGCAGCUACAGAAGGACAUGAAUGGAGUGAAAGCCACAACAGAACAUUUAGACUCUGGUGUGAAGAAAAUUCUUGAAGGACUGAAGAAGAUCCGCUCUCUCGGACCAGAGUACGAGCGGUGCCAUAGACAGCUCACUGCCAACUGGGAUGCUCUUAAAAAAAAUUACACAGAGUUGAUCAAAUCACAUGAUCUCGAUUGCGUCCUGAGGGUGGAGUCGUGUGGCCUCAAAUUCAUGGAGUUGCUUUGUGAAAUUUUCCGGCUUGUUUGCCUGGACCAAGCGGCAGUGACCCACUCUGCGGAUCCAGCCAGGUCGGUGGCCAAGGCUGUGCGGGCUCGCUUGGCCGACUUCAUUGGAUUCCUAAAAGUGAAGGCGAUGCGCAACUUCACGCUCGGAUCAAGAGCGACACUGUCCAUUAACAAGUACCUCGAGGAGUUCCCUGGCCUGGUGCACUUUUUGUACAUCGAUCGCACAAAUCACCGUGUCACAACCCCCAGUCUCGACUUUAGCUCUGAGGAAACCAUGUCGCUCACAAAACGAAAGAUCUGGUCCAUGGUUGACUUCAGCAGGGCGCAUUUGGUGGAUGGUCACAUUUCUCUUAUGUGGAAGGACACGACAUUCAACUACGCCUAUUUCCUUUGGUUUGAGGGCUCCUCGGGUUCUCCAAUCAGACCAAAGGUUUUUCCAACUGCUCAGCUGAAGAACAUGCCUCAGCCUGGUAUUAUGUGCGGAGAUUUUUAUCAGAACCUGAUCAGUGUAUGUUUUCCGAAAACCUCUCCUGGAAAAGUGCAAUGUUACGAGCUGUUUUGCGUGCAUCUUGGUCUGGCCACCUCCUCCUGUGUGUUGGAGCACACCAGAAGAUUGGCAGCUACAAUUUGGGAAGUGACAGGAGUUCCAGGAAACCCAGCCGAUCUUCUUUAAACAUUCUGCAGUCGCCAAAUUUGUUAGUUGACCAGGAUUUGCUCUCUUCUCUUGGGUUCGUAACUUAAUUUUGAUCGUCUGGAACUGUAAAUUUAUUUUUUACUUAUCAGUAACAAAUAAUUAACGGUCUUUAAAACCGAAUUAACUGGCUGAUAACAUUAAAGCGUUGAGGGGACUCCUCUUAAUGCCUAUUAAUGGGGUUUCUUAAAGGAGAAUUUUGACGUGAUUAAAUUUUGCCAUAUAGGCAAUUUAUUUACAAAUUUUGACUUAAAAUGCCAAGUGAUAAAACGCAAAAUCCGAAAUGCGUUCUGUUGAUUGAUCGAAUUUUUAAUACUUUUUUUCUGUUUAUAUACUUUACAAACUUUUUAUAUAUUUCAUCCAAGCUAAUACAUUCCAACGGGAUACGUAAAACAGUAAUUCAACCUAUAGUAUUGCCCUUUUUAGCGCAUUCAAGGAGGAAGAAUAUCUAGUCUUUGAGCAGCUUUUAGUACUCGAAUUUAUACCUCUAUAGUUUACAAGGUUCGGAUAAAAUUUUCAGAAAUUGGCUCUCUUUCUGACCUUUUGUGAUGGAUCUUUCAAUAACCGUGUUCCCUUAAAUGUAAAAUAAAAAUGGGUAAAUAACUUGAA